AUGGCGUGCCCACCAGAGAUCACCGUCCACAACUUCAAUGCCAGCUUCGACAUGAACAAGAAGGAGGGCGACGACACCUCCGGCAUGCUGAAGAUGCAGGGCCUCCCAUGGCUCGUCCGACAGGCUGCCUCAUACAGCGCAGUCUCGAUCAAUCUCAAGCAGUUCAAGGACGAGCGAGGCGUCGAGCACCUGGACCAGGAGCAGGUAUCCACAGGUGGUGUCAAGCAGCUCGAGCCAAGACUGCUCAACGGCGAGUGGGGUGAACGCGACGUUCAAUUCUGGGGCUUGGUCAAGGGCCAGAACAAGUACAUCAAGAUUUCCGAAAUCAACGACGAAUUCCUCAAGCAGGACUGGCUCGUUGAGGGCGAUGGAGAGGUGAUUUGGAGUUACACAGAGAGCUUGAAGAAUGGAUGGGACGCCACUCAGAUUUGGGGGUUCGCUACUAUCAACGGUGUGCGCAAGCAUGUCCGUCGCAUUGUUUCGAAGAAGGGCAAAGAGGAGCACAAGAUCAGGACUGUCUACGACCACCGCACCACGCCCGCUGCAUAA